AUGUAUAUUAGAGGGAAUCUUUUGGGAGUCGGUUACAUUGCCACCUGCUGAAGCACAAUGAUUCGUUCGAAACCAUUUUUCUGUAGAAUGGUGUGAAAAGUUCGUUUUCAGACGAGAGUUUCAACUUCGUGAAAUAUAAAUUCAUCAUAUCUGAUUGAAACAUCCACUCAUCAUAAUGAAGAUCAAUUUUUGCAUAUUUAUCUUGAACAUACUGGCCAUGCCCACGUUUUCAUUUCCUCAACCGAAAUUUCAUAAGCGAUUAAAUAAGGAUCAGUUGCGGAAAUAUUUUUCUGUUGAGAAUCACGAUGAUGUUCCAGAUUACACACUAACUAACAUUCGAAUAAGGAGAACUGAUUUAGAACAAAAUUCCGAUCACCAUUUAGUUCGAAGAAAAGAAGCACAGCCUAAAAAUUUAAUGAUGGUCACGGAAUCAUUGUUUGGUCAUGUUGUACAAAUGCAACUUCAAAGGAAUGAUCGACUUCUUGCACCAUCUUUUAAAGCAUUUACUACAGAAGGCGAUGAAAUAAACGAAUUAGAUGGAAGUUACUAUCCACUUUGCCACUACCUGGGUUCUAACGGCAGCUACGCAGCAGCUGUAAGCACAUGCCAAAACACACCAUCAAAAGGAUUGUCGGGCAUGAUAUUGAUACCAAGUGGAAGUUUGCAGUUACAGCCGGUUGAUGCGGACCUACAGGAAAUUAUUGGAUUCGAUUCAGUUCCUGAAAAGCGCUCUCAUUCUGAAGUUGAUGACGGUGUUUUACAUCUCGUUUUCAAACCUCCAAAACAAAAGAGAUUGUCAGUUCCAGAUGAUGAAUGGGAUGAUGAACAUUACGUACCUUCCUCACCUCGUUCUGAGUAUGAAGUCGAUGAUGAUGACAUUGUCAAAUAUUUAGAUUUUGAGGAUCUUGGUCCAAUUUCGAAUGAAAUUGAUAAUGAUGAGAAGCCAAAUAAGGAAUCAAAACGGCAAACAGAAUACGCUAAAGAUAAAGAUUUACACCUGGAACUUGCUCUGUUCUUUGACGAAAAGGGAUACCAACUUUUUCAAUCGCAUGCUAAAUCUGAUGAAAAUCUAGUAGAUUUACUUCUGGGAUAUGUUAAUCAGAUGCAAGCUCUUUAUCAGCAACCUUCUUUACGCAAAAAGCUUCAGAUCAGUUUAGUUCGAUUGGAUGUUAUGAAGAAACAACCAAGUGAUCUUCCGCAUAAAGAUGGAGAGAGAGAUCAGUUACUAGAUUCCUUUUGUAAUUAUCAAGCUAAAAAGAAUCCAGAUUCCGAUAAUGAUCCAAAUCAUUGGGACUUAGCUCUUUAUGUAUCUGGGUUAAAUUUUUUCUCAAUGGAAAAAGGGAAGAAGAAUGGCAUAACAAUGGGUUUGGCACCAGUGGGAGGAGUAUGUAUGAAGAAGCAUUCUUGCGUCAUAGUGGAAUUCGGAGUAACAAGUGAUGAUGGACGUCCCUAUCCCUCCGCUGGUCUCUUGUCUACAUAUGUAGCUGCUCAUGAGAUAGGACAUAAUCUAGGAAUGUACCAUGAUGGCGCUCCAAAUAAUAAAUGUCCUUCUAAUGGUCACGUGAUGUCUCCAAGUAGAGGAACAAAGGGUGAAACAACAUGGUCCAGUUGCAGUUCUCAAGUUCUUGAAAAAACAGACAAGAAAUGUCUAUUUGAUGCUCCUCAAAUGAAAUCAACAAAAGGAACAGAUCAUUCGAAAUAUGAUGAGAUACCUGGACAAACUUGGGACGCUCAUGAUCAAUGCAAAAUUUUCCUGCGUGAUGAUGACGCCACAUUGUACAAUGAUACAGUUGUAUCGAUGGUGUGCCAGGAGACCUUAUGCAAGACUCCUUCAAGAAUAGGAUAUUACGCAGCUGGUCCAGCUUUAGAAGGAACGUUUUGUGGAGGAAAAAAAUGGUGCAAAAAUGGUGAAUGUAUUUCGUGGGGAUCGCAGAAGUUUAAAGUAGUCAAAGGUGGAUGGUCAGACUGGAGUAAGGGAAAAUGUCAAAGUGGAUGCUUAGAGAAAUCCAGAGCUCACACGACAGACAAACGAUACUGCAAUAAUCCUAAACCCCGAAAUACAGAAAAGUUAUGUGAAGGUGAAAAUUUGAGAAUUCAUUUUUGUGAUGACUCAAAAAUCUGCAAGAAAUAUAUUGCUCCGGCGGAGUUUGCAAAACAAAGAUGUCAAGCUUUUUCAAAACAUCUUCCCGAUGUCACUCCACUGGGUGUUCAAGUUAAAUAUAAUGAAAAGCGGCAAUGGCAAUCAUGUGCUGUGUACUGCAAGAUGAAAACAGGUACCUGGUACACUCCUAGACAAGAAUUCAAUGACAUGGGGAUUGAUACCUUCUUUCCAGAAGGUACUUGGUGUCAUAACGACGGGAGAACAGAUUAUUAUUGCCAAAACAGACUUUGUCAACCACCACCAGUGAAAGGGAGAGCUUUUGAUCCUGGAGUUUUUCCAUCCAGGGGUUUGGGCCCGGAAGUUGAAGUACCAGUACUGAAUAAUGCCCACCCGAAAGGGGAUAACAGAUCGCCAAAGAAACUUCAAGAGUACUUCCAGUAUAAAGAGGGACUUGUUCCUCCCAUACCAAAACCUGAAGAUUUAAGAAGGCCAAAGGAAGAAGACUAUGAUAUCAUUGAUUAUGUAUCACCCAUAUGAUUUUUUAUUAAAUUCAUUCAUCGUUUUUCUAUAAA